CUCCCGCGUACAUUUCCUACUGGACUCCUCGCCACGCUCCCAAUGGCCGAUUGACGGAAGCUCUUCACCCAGUCGGCCAGUGGUCAAAUCGCUCUGACGGAGGAGACUUCUCCGACUCGCGAUCAGUUCCCGUCCGCCGGCAGCUAUCAAGUAUGUACCGAACGCGUAAGCGAGUGAGAGAUGAAGGGGUUGCUUCUUCAGUGCAACAAUCGAGAGCUGAAUCCUCUAGAAUUAGAAAUGAUGGGGUUGCCUCUAUGAUACGAAAAUCUCGAGCUGAGUCGUCUAUUGUUAGAGAUGAUGGGAUUGCCUCUAGGAUACGGAAAUCUCAACCUGAAUCCUUUAGAGUUAGAGAUGAUGGGGGUGCCUCUUCGAUACGAAAAUCUCGAGGUGAAACUCCUAGGGGGCCACAACAGGAUCACAGUUCCUUUAGGGAUGAUGACGAGGAAGUCUACCCUAGGCAAGAUAUCAGCAGCGGUGCAGUGAAUGACAGAGUCUACUCUGCGAUUUUGGAGACAAUCAAGAGUAUUUUGCCAGAAGUUGAAACUUCACAAAAAAAUGCUCAUGACAAGACGCCUGCUCGUCCUCCUGCUGGUGGUGGAAUAUUCUGGAAGGAUAAGUCUGAUUUAGAAGCGUUUCGUGACCGUGCUAAUGAGGCACAUGCAUCAAGAUACCGAGAGAGUGAUGGUGAAUAUAAUAGUACAGAAGCACUCCAUAAGAGACUUGAGAGACUCGAGCAACUGUUGAUGUCUUCUCAAACAGCUUCAGUGGUGAAACAACAGCAAGACCAUCAUAAUGAUAUCUUGAUGAGACUCUUAGGUCUCUCUUCAGAUGCCCAUCAAGUACGACUUGGGCAAGGAAAUAUCAAGGAAAUUCACAGGCCUGCAAAUAUCUCCAGAGUCCUAGAGGAAGUAGGUUCUCAAGUCCAAGCAAGAUAUCCGCCACGGUCCCAAAGGAAUAUAGAGAGAGAAACAUUUGCACCUCCACGCAUUUCCUUUCCAUUUGAGAAUUCUCGUGAACUGCUAAACAGAGGUAAUGUUGCAGACAACAGUAAGCAUGCAAGUAAUCAUGGAGUCCGUGAGAGAACUGCCUGUCAAGUACAGUCGAGUUCUCGAGCACCGUCACAUGGCAAUUUGGAACCACAAAUCUCUUCACGUUUGCCAAAUUCCUUAUCCGUAGUUGAUGCUCUUGAAGUGCUCCUCUCUGGAAGUAUCACUGGAAAUGGCAGACGUGAAUACGGUCAAGAAGAUAUAAGCCGUAUAGGUUCUCAAUUUCAAGCAAGCCAUCAAGAACAAUCUCAGGAUAAUUUAGAACGAGAAAUCUCUUCCCCUCCAUCAAUUCCCUUAGCCAUGGAGGACUCUCCAGAAGAGCUUAUCGCAGGAAACAUGAUGGGUAAUGGUAAGCAGGCAAAGAUUCAUAAAGUCCAAAGUCGAGGAGAGUCUCAAGUCCGACAUGAAAAUUCAGACUCACAAAUGUCUUCAUUCCCGCCAAAUUCCUUGCCAACUGAGGAUUUUCUUGAAGAGGGUGUCAUGGGGAAUACGUUAAAAAACAAGUGGGCAAAGGUCCAUAAAACACAAGGCCCAGUAGAUUCUCAGCUUCAGGGAACCAAUCCUGCACAAGUGUUUGAAAAUUCAGAUCCUCAACUCUCUGCAGCUCCAUUAAAUUCCUUACACAUGGAGGACUCUCCUGAGUUGCUUAGAACAGAUUUUCCAAUCCAAACACUUCAUCCAGCACAAUCACAUGAAGACUCAGACCCGCACAUCUCUUCACAUCAACCAAGUCCUAAAUCAAGAGAGGAAUCUCUGGAAAUGCUUGUCACAGGAUAUGUCAUGGAAAAUCGUAAGCGUGGGAAGAUUCGUAAAGCUAAAUGCCAACCCAGGACUCAAGUGCAAGAUACUGUUCCAUUAAAUUCUUUACCCAUGGAGGGUUCUCUUGAAGUGUGUAAAAAAGGUAAAAGGGGCAGAGGGUGCACACGCUUGGAUGAUGUGUGGAAUAUGCCAGAGGGAGAAUGCAUUAUAUGUGAAUUCAAUGAACAAUGUCAACCUGUUAAAGCAGAGGGUCGGUUACUUACCAGAUUUAUAGGGACAGUUGUACGGAAACCUAAUCUGGCUCCUCUGGAUUUUAAGGGUUGGAAACAAAUGCCCCAACAGAAGAAAGAAGAGAUGUUAAAGAUAGUUGAGUCCAAAUUCCUGAUUCCUGAUGAGCGCAAAGAAGAGAUAAGGGCGUGGAUCAUACAAGACUUGGCUGAUAAAUGGAGGAACUACAAAUGUAUCUUGAGAGGCAAAUAUUAUGAUGAAAGCAAGCCACUUUCUGAGUUAGUGAAGUUGCGCCCACCAACUGUUGACAACGAUCAAUGGAUCGGGCUUCUGAAUCUUUGGAACUCGCCUAAGUGGAAGAGGAUGAGUGAGGUCAAUAAAAAAAACCGGGAAAAUGGCAAGAUCAACCACACCUCUGGGACACUGAGUUUUGCGAUGGUGGAAGCGGAAAUGAAGGAAAAGAAUGGAGUAGCACCAACACUGGCCCAAGUGUAUGAAAAGACCCACAGGCAUAAAGAUGGCACCGAUGUGAAUGAAGAAACUGCUAAAGCAAUUGAAGAUUUUGAGAAAUUUGGAACCCGAGAUUUGGAGGCAGAUGAAGUCGGCAAUACUUUGAAGGAUGGCACUUAUGGUCAAUAUUAUUACCCUGGAAAACUAGGCAGAAUGCGUGGUAAGAGGAAGGGUCCAAAUCUAUGGAGCUGUGGAAGAUCUAAACGUCUUCAAACUGUAAGGAUAAGUAGGGAAGAGUAUAGAAGUACCCUGCAGCAACAGAAGUCGAUGAAGGAGCAACUACGAGCUCAAGAGGAGCGACUCAAAGGCCUAGAGAACAAGAUGGGCGCAUUGUUGUCUACUCUUCAGGAGAACCUGCCUCAACAGGACUUGGUCAAUAUUUUGAAAAAAGCCACACAAGCUGAGGUUCCAAGUGACUCUGCUGGAUCUGAUCCUGAGUACCUGGAGCCACUCUGAAUAAAUCAAUCGCUCCUUGAUAUGGAGGUAACAUUGGCAUGAUGUAGGUUUUGGUUCGAUAAUUAUGGGGCUCUCCUGCUCGUAAGUUGUUCUAGAGGGCUCCUUGUCUAUCAUUUGCAUUUACUGCAUGUGAAGGUCUCAGUCGCUUUUUUCUUAUGAAACUGUAUUUAAGUUUGUCUAUGACUAGUCUCUCUUCGUUACUGCUACCCUCAUAUAUCAGAAACUCUGAUGUUAAAUUUCAUUGGAAUGUUGCAAUGCCUCUGGCCAAGACUUCUAUUGGUCUAUCAAUCCUAGUUACUGUUAUCCUUGUA